AAACUUCUAACCCAUAAGGAUAAAUGAGAAUUAUGCAUCUUAUUUUUUUAUUGCGUCUGCGCGUGCGACGAUCGCGUGUAGUGUAAUCAUUAUAUAUUGUCUCAAUAGUCGUAGAACAUAUCAUUAAGUAUAAAAUUUCUUCAUGUUCUAAAGUACAUUAAAAAUGAGUAACAUCUUCAAACUUUUUGGAACUGUAAAAGAUACUGCCAAAGCAGCUAUUCCACAUCUUCGGUUAAUACAAAGAUAUGCUUUGGUCGAAUUAGUUCCACCAAGUCCAAGAGAUAUUCCUGCUAUUCGUUAUGGGAUAAAUAAAUUAAUUGAUAGUGCUAAAUCUGGAUCAUUUAAACAGCUUACUGUCAAAGAAGCUUGGCUUAAUACAUUAGUAGCUGUUGAGAUAUAUUGUUGGUUUUUUAUAGGUGAAUGCAUUGGCAAGAGAAAUCUUAUUGGAUAUAAAGUUUAAUAUAAAUAACAAAUUCGAUAGUUACUCAUACGAACAAUGUAUAGAUAUCAUUUAAAAAAUUAUUCACAAAUAAAAAAUAUAAACAUUU